AUGGCGGCGAAACUCGCACCGAUUGGUUUUGAAAAGAUUUAUUCUAAUGAAAUGAAGGUUUAUAUCGGUUUUGAGCAAUUCGAAGAUGAACAACAGAACAGUCCAACACGUGUUUAUCCGUUAGAUGAUACAAUGCCGAUUCCCAUACAUUUACCUCCGAAUAACUAUUUUCCAAUGAAUCAAGUCGAGUCUAUUCCUGACACUCGCCGAUCGCAUACAGCCCACACGACGAAUUCUCAUGAGUCAGUGAAACGAACUCUUUCGCAUCCACAAUUAUCGACUAUUUACAAUGAAAUUGCCAAUGAAUGGUCAAAAAUUCAAUGGUUAACAUUCACUGACAGUCGUACCAAGACAUAUUUGACAUUAUUUUCAGACAGUGCAGAACUUGUCACUAUAGAAACAGCAAUUCAGCAAUAUCAACCGACGAGUGCAAGUACAGUACUUCUCUCCCUUCCUGAAUGUUUAUUAAUUCGAACAAAUUCCAAGACUCGAGCUGUAUUCCUACCGAACUCAACUCUUUCGAUUGAAAAUCUAUGUGAUAAAGAUGUAGAUCAACACGUUUUUGUGUAUAAACUAUUAGCAAUUCUCUGUCAUUCGAAUGAAACAAACAGUCAAAUCAUGUUCUACAAAAAUCUUCAAUUUAACUGUUGGUAUAUCUAUUAUGAUCAGUGUAAAGCGACGAAUUCCCAUUCGAAUUUAUUAUCGAAUGAGGAACAAAUUCAAAUGGAUCUAUUCGUUCAAUCGACAGGUGAUUCGAAUCAAAUUGACUUGACGAAAUUCUCUUCGUCGUUGUCUAACCUAUUCAAUCAUCCUAUCGUCUUUGUAUAUUUACCAGAGAAACACAAAGAAACGUAG